AAUCGUUAUUUUUCCUAAAACAAAAUUGAUUUUGUUGCAGAUGUAAGGGGCAUGCAAGUUAACUUGACGUCAUUUCUAAAUGACAACAUUUAACUAAUCUGUAAAAACAUGGCACUGCGAUCACAGGUGCUAUUUGAAAAGGAUGGAGUUUAUAUUCAGGUGAAUGUGAACUCCAAUACUACAGAUAAAGAUGCUCACAUUCCAGGCAAAGUUUACCUCAUGAAAAAGCCUGAUGGGAUAUAUAUUGAGUGGAGGGCUGAAGAAGUGUUGAUGUUGGACGGACAGAAUAAUGCUGAUCAGGAGUGGGCCGUGAUUGGAUCCUCCCUGUCGGUCGGCUACAAACCGGACAGGGACUCGGAUGCUUUAAAUAUGAAAGCAGAAUUACGGAAGAAAUAUAACAUCUGCUUUGACAUCUUGGAUCUGAAGAGUUUUAAACGGAGCGCCCCAAAUCAUGGCUGGGCUUACAUCAUAUUUAUUCUGAAGGAUGGCACCACCUUCCCAGCACUGCACUUCCAUAAUGGAGGGAGCAAAGCUUUACUGCAACAGUUUGGGAAAUACAUUCACAUAAAAAGAUCUCCAAACGACAACCGUUUAUUCAUCGUCCAAGAACACGAUCCAGACAUGUUGUCGAAGUCUUUCGACGAGCUCCAUUUAUUUGCGGAUUCUUCAGGCGAUCUUGUAUCCAAAUUCAUCAAGGACCCCUACACCACCACCCUGGGCGGCUUCUCCAAGGUGACCAACUUUCUGAGGGACACCAUGUUCACCCAGGAGCCAGUCACACACCGCCCAAAGGAGGUGGCGGAAAUCCUGCAGGCCGAUCAGGAAAUCCCGGGCAUGGAGAUCAGCCAACAGGAGGCGGGGUUCGAGUUUGUCACCAAGACCAAGCUUCCCUCAAGGCCGGAGGUGAAGAGGAGUGCCCCCCUGACGGCCCAGCAGUGGUCCAAACACAUGGACGCUGACGGGAGGAUCAAGAAUGUGGAACACCUCAAAGACGUCAUGUUCAGAGGGGGUAUUGAGCCCAGUAUUCGGAUAGAGGUGUGGAAGUUUCUCCUUGGAUACCAUGAUUGGCAGUCAACCUACAAAACCAGGACUGACGAGAGAAAGCGGAAAGUGGAUGACUACUUCAGAAUGAAGCUACAGUGGAAGACCAUUAGUGAGGCCCAGGAGAGGAGGUUUUCUCUGCUGAAAGAAAGAAAAUGUCUGAUUGAGAAGGAUGUGACACGGACAGACAGAACCCACAAGUUCUUUGAGGGGGAGUGUAAUCCAAACCUCCAGGUGUUAAAUGACUGUUUGAUGACCUACUGCAUGUAUAACUUUGAUCUGGGUUACGUCCAGGGAAUGAGUGACCUGCUGUCUCCUGUACUGGUGGUCAUGGAGAACGAGGUGGACGCCUUCUGGUGCUUCGCUGGUCUGAUGGAGAGAGUCUGUGAUAACUUUGAAAUGGAUCAGGCCGGGAUGAAAACCCAGUUGUCUCAGAUCCAUAAACUGAUGCAGUUUGUGGACCCGGAGUUGUGUAGUUAUCUAGAGAGUCAUGAUUCUGGAAAUUUCUAUUUUUGCUUCCGAUGGCUGUUGAUUUUAUUCAAACGAGAAUUCUCCUUUAAUGAUGUGAUGAGGUUUUGGGAGGUGUUGUGGACGGACAGGCCGUGUAAGAAUUUCCACCUGUUGAUCUGUUUAGCUGUACUAGACACGGAGAAAUCCACACUCAUGGAAAACAAAUUUGGCUUUACAGAAAUACUCAAACACAUCAAUGAUAUGAGUGGUGCGAUCCAUCUAGAAGACACACUCAAAAAGGCGGAAGGCAUUUAUAUACAACUGAAAGACAGUAAAAAAUUACCUGCUCCGGUAGCAGAAAUAAUCGGACUAGAUGUGGUUUCCCCUAGUGAUUCUGGUUUCGUGGCUUCCCGAGAGAGGUCGCCGCAUUUAGAUCUAAAUCUGAAAGAGAACGGACUUCACACUCCUAAUUCUGGGUCGGGAACCACCGGCAAUACGCCCGACGACAGCAGUAUAGAAAUUCUGGCGGAGAACGGAGAAGUAGGGGUCAACAACUUCUUCAACUGAUUCCGUUUUAUCAAGAGUGCUGGUUUUGAUUAUACAGACGCCAUGCAACUCGGUAAAGAUACCACACAGCUCUUAGAAUCCCAUGAAAAAAUUCUAUUUUUUAGUGUGUGUUAAAUCUUUACUAAGUGGAUCUUCCAUUGUAUUGGACUUGAGAUGGAGGCGUGAUUUGACCAAGUUUGUGCAAAACCUUUUAUUUUUCAUUUUUUUUUUCUGGAUGGCGUUAUACAGGAUGUUUUUUUUUAGUCAAAGUGCGUUUAAUUACAAAAUGAACCAUCGUAUCCAUAUUUAAUGAAUCCAUUAUCUUGAUUACUGGUAGUUUUUGUUGUUUUAUUUUAAUUUGAGCUUGAUCUGAAAGUAGAUAGCAAGUUGGAAUAGAUACUAGAUAAUAUUGCAGUUGUACAUGUACAUGUAUUGAAAGACUUUAACUUGAGAGAAGGAGUUUGAUGUGUGAUUGGUACAUGUAUGGCAAGUAACGAAAGGAGUAAAAGUGAGAUGAUAUUUAUAACAUUCUUCUAUGACACUUUCUGGCUGUAAAGUUUCAUAUAAUAUGUGAAAUUAUUUAUCAGAAUAGUGUUACGAUCAAGGUAGUUGUGGACAUUUAUUAUUUUUUUCAAACAAACAUCUGACAGAAAUCCUGAAACAUGAAGAAAGUUUAUAUUUUCCAAAAUUAAAGGAGUAAACUCCCUUUACAAAAAAUAAAAGGAAAACUGCCUUAAGUUUAUUAAAUUGUAAUUUUUUUUUGUUUUAAUUGUUUAUAUUUGUUUAAACUAAGGUUUAACUCCUCUGUUAGGUUUUAUUUAUAUUGGUGAAUAUGUUAACCAAGUUUAGUAAUAGAUAUUAAAUAAGUUCAACCAUGUUGAACUUAAUGAAUAGUGAUUUUUGCGAGGAGGUGCCUGAACAAUUGCUGACUGUGGCUACAAGGAGUGAUAGUUUACUUGUAUGAGGACCAAUGAUAUUGUUUUGGGGGAACAGAAUGUUGUAUUUUUGCGUGUAAUAAUGUAUAGAUUUGUUUUUUAUCAUGUAUCGCCUGUACCUGUGGUCAAUUUACACCAUUUUCUUGUGAAAUGAAUGCAAUUUUAUUUCAUGCUGAUUUUUUUUUUUUUGGUAAACAAUGGAAAAUGUAUGUUUAAAUAAAAGUUGGUAGUGCUCUUCCUCUUUGAUAGUGCAGACAAUUUCAUUUACCUUUUGUUGUAUCAGUGGUUUAAAAGGUUUCUAUUUGUCUGUUAUAUACAUGUACAUGUUCACAUUUUAUCUUAUUAAUCUAUGAUGAUGUACGUGCUUUGUUUCUGUUAAGUCUGUCUACUGACAUUUUCAGGAUUGAUAAAAACUUGAAACUCUUAUUCCUUGAUAUAUUCUUAAACCAACAUUCUAAUAUUUGUACUGAUGGCUUUAAUCUAUUAAUUUUUUUUUUAUGCGUUCAGGUAGAACCUCUGAAGUUAUAUUUGUCUUUUCAGUAGUAUGUUUUCAGAUAGAGUAUCCAGGCUCUCUUCUUGUUAUGCUGUAAUGUUUUCUUCAGUGUAUUGGGUAACAGAGGUGCAUAUUUGCUCAUUCUUUCAAAUAAAUUAUCAUAGAUGGGAUUCGGAAGAAGUUUUGGCCAUGCUGGUAGUUAAUAGCAGAGAAAAAUGAAAGAAGAACAGGAGUAGUAUUCGAGCACAAAUUUUCUUUUUCUCAUUGAACAAAUCUUUGACACAACUCACAAUCAAGAAGUUGACGCAAAACACAUACAUUGUUAGAUAAUUCUACUUUCUUUAAACAUGGUACAUUUAUUAAUACUAUUAUGUAUCUGCAUUCUGUGGAAUUUAUUUUUUUUUUUCAUGGUAGUAUCAUGAAUGAUGACGUGAAAUGUUUAAAGAUGGUUUUUGUGUUAGAGUGAUGAUUUCUUAUUGAGUUGAAAAUACAUUGUGUACAUAUAGGAAGUGACAAAAAAAUUUCCCCACCCACCUUGUAUUUGAUAUUUUUUAAAUAUUUUUUUUUUGAUAAGAAUUUGGUGCAAACCUCAGUCAGAAUGUACAUUGUAUGAUGGUGCAUGCAGGUUAGAAACAUUUUUGGAUUGAAAGAUAUUUUUACUGCGAUAACAGGGAACGAUUUGAAUGCUUUUUGUGCUAAUGUUUAUGUAUACAUGCAUUCAGAUUUGUCAGUUGUAUGUAAAUGUGCAAAUACACAAAAGAUUAUGUACCUAAGCUUGCAUUGUUGAUGUGUGUGCAGAUACAUAAAACUGUAAAAAUUUCUAAAACUCUACAUGUGUGCAAGACACAUUACUACACAAAUUGUUAUGUGAGCUAUUUCAUGUUGAUGUGCUUGACAUUAUGUGAAUAUGCCAACAUUCUGCUGAUGUGAGGUACCUGUAGCUUAUUGGUUUUUUUUUCAACUGUGAUACAUUUGGUGUGCAAGUUAUACAUGUAAUUAAUUUAUACCAUUAUGAUGAUAAAAACCAUGAUUGAAUAAAUUGAAAAAAAGGAA